AAGUUGUUUCAAAUGACCUUGAGCGUUUUCCGGGCUGCACCCAAUUCCCCGCCUUCUCCAUCCGGGUGCUGCGGCGCGGAUAAGAGCGGGACUGCGCUUGCGCGCCCAGCCCCAUUCCUUCGACCUCUGCCGCCGCGGCCGCCGCCACCUCCCUGGAAGAGAGGAAGCGGGAGAGGAGCCCACGUCUCCUGUCACCCAAGUCCUCCAGCUGCGCUGCCCCGAAGAGUGCAAGAUGUUCGCCUGCGCCAAGCUUGCCUGCACCCCAGCUCUGAUCAGAGCUGGAUCCAGAGUUGCAUACAGACCAAUUUCUGCAUCAGUGUUAUCUCGACCAGAGACUAGGACUGGAGAGGGCUCUACGGUAUUUAAUGGCACCCAGAAUGGUGUGUCUCAGUUAAUCCAAAGGGAGUUUCAGACCACUGCGGUCAACAGAGACAUUGAUACUGCAGCCAAAUUUAUCGGUGCGGGUGCUGCCACAGUAGGAGUGGCUGGUUCUGGUGCUGGUAUUGGAACAGUCUUUGGCAGUCUCAUCAUUGGUUAUGCCAGAAACCCUUCACUGAAGCAGCAGCUGUUCUCAUAUGCUAUCCUGGGAUUUGCCUUGUCUGAAGCUAUGGGUCUCUUUUGUUUGAUGGUUGCUUUCUUGAUUUUGUUUGCCAUGUAACAGAUUACUGCUUGAAAUGUUGGCAUUCAUGUUAAUUAAGGAUAUAAUUCUGUGUAUCUUACUGUGACUCCGAAAACUAUAGUGUUGGUGUCAUGGAAAUGUAUGUUAUUUCCAAAGUCAUUUCAUUAAAGAUGAAAACUUUAA